UUUUAGACCACAGCAGGACUCCUCCACUACCCAUGUGUACUUUGUCUCUUCUCGUCUUUAUCUAUUUCUCUCUGCAGAGAAGGGAUGCUCUCUCUGUCCCCCCCCCUCCUCCUCUUCUGUCGUCCUCUACUUUUCUCCUUGAGAGAAAUCUGAGUGUGUGUUUUGGUUGUUUAUUUCUGCACCGGACAGCAGUCUGCCCGGCCACCCUCAUGUCCUUCAACUGUCACUCCAGUACAGGAUCGGUGUUGUUGACAUCUUUAGUUAGCAUUUUGCAGAAUUGAAAGUGGUGAGAAUGUGUAUAUAUAUAUUUUCACAGUUGAUUUGAGUCAUGUUAAUGUUUUCCUAUGAAUACUACAAUGUAGGCUACUAAUAUUGAGGCAAGUUCUAUUGAAUAAGGCUGUUUGUUCUGUGGAACUACCGUAGCUUGCGUUUAUUUGAGACCCUGCUACGGCUGUGCUUUGACUUUGGACUUUCUAGCAGAACGUUAGCAGCUGUUAGUCUCUCUCUCUGGGCUGUGUUGGUCAUUGACUCUGUAGCGCUGUGGUAGACCGGCCCAGCACUGUACUCACAGGCAGACAGACUUCAAAGUCAUCCAGGAUGGUUGCGGUGCUGUGACUGUGGUUGCUGACCAGUGCCCGUCCCAAGGCCCGGUCCUUGGGGCGUAGUUAACACUCGCCUGACAGUGAUGCAAUGGAGAGGGCAAGAUGGUUGCUGGGCUGAGUGCUGGAUGUUUGGGGGACAAUCCGAGACCUCGUAGUUGUGGGGUUUUUGAUGUGUGAUUGUGAGCUCUCUUUAGAUGGAAUCUUUAUAACAUCUUUAGCUCUGUCCUCCCUAAUUGAAUGUUUCUAUUGGUGCCUUUCUCUCUGACAAAGUCCCGUUGGGGAGACGGAGGACAAUAACUCCAGAGCUGAAGCCCUGGCUUCCAAAUCCCAGCUCCCGUCACUGUUUGCAUGAGAUUUGAAUAUCAUUUGCAGUGAGCAUGUCUGCAGAUUCGUUUGGCGCCGGGGGCAGCGAUGCCCAGCAGAGCCUACAGUCCUUCUGGCCCCGCGUCAUGGAAGAGAUCAGGAACCUCACGGUGAAGGAUUUCCGCGUGCAGGAGUUGCCUCUCGCCCGAAUCAAGAAAAUCAUGAAGCUGGAUGAAGAUGUGAAGAUGAUCAGUGCGGAGGCUCCGGUGCUGUUUGCCAAGGCAGCUCAGAUCUUCAUCACAGAGCUCACGCUGAGGGCCUGGAUUCACACUGAAGACAACAAGAGACGCACCUUACAGAGGAACGACAUUGCCAUGGCGAUAACGAAGUUCGACCAGUUUGACUUCCUUAUCGACAUUGUGCCCCGGGACGAGCUCAAGCCCCCCAAACGACAGGAGGAGGUGCGUCAGUCGGUGGCCCCAGCAGAGCCGGUUCAGUACUACUUCACCCUGGCUCAGCAGCCAGGCCAGGUGCAGGGCCAGCAGGCCACUGGACAACAGGCUACCACCAUCCAGCCUGGACAGAUCAUCAUCGCACAGCCACAGCAAGGACAGGUAUUGCAGGGGACCACAAUGCAACAGUUACAGCAGGUGCAGGUAGCCCAGUCACAGGGCACACCUAUCACGGGAGGGGCUCCAAUGACCAUGCAGGUGGGGGACCAGCAGGUCCAGAUAGUACAGGCGUCGUCCCAGGGCCAGCCCCAGACGGUGCAGUCAGGACAGACCAUGCAGGUCAUGCAGCAGAUAAUCACCAACUCCGCAGAGAUCCAGCAGAUACCAGUGCAGCUGAACAAUGGUCAGUUGCAGUACAUUCGGCUGGCACAGCCUGUCUCUGGCACACAGGUGGUUCAGGGACAGAUCCAGACGCUGGGUAACACUCAGCAGGUACAGAUUACACAGACAGAGCAAGGCCAGCAGCAAUUCAACCAGUUUACUGACGGACAGCAGUUGUAUCAGAUUCAGCAGGUGAUGCCGGCGGGACAGGACCUGAGCCAGCCCUUGUUCAUCCAGUCCACCAAUCAGACGGCCGAUGGACAGGUCACCACACAGGUCAGCACAGACUGAGGCUCUGGAAGCAUCCUCCUGACCCCCAGACCACCAAACCAUUGACCACACCACCUGCUACCAUCCAUAAGGACAACACUGGCUCAAACGCCAAGGGACCUCCUAGGAGGCGUCCAAAAUGGUCAAAAGUAGAGCCCAAUAUAGGGUGCCAUUUGGGAUGUACCCUUACUCUCAUUCAAUACACUGGUCUAUGACAUGAUACUUAAAAGGGGCUCUGACAACAACAGUUCUUUAUUCAGUAUACUGGGUCAGAUACCAAAGGGACUGUCUGACAACAACAGUUCUUUAUUCAGUAUACUGGGUCAGAUACCAAAGGGACUGUCUGACAACAACAGUUCUUUAUUCAGUAUACUGGGUCAGAUACCAAAAGGACUGUCUGACAACAACAGUUCUUUAUUCAGUAUACUGGGUCAGAUACCAAAGGGACUGUCUGACAACAACAGUUCUUUAUUCAGUAUACUGGGUCAGAUACCAAAGGGACUGUCUGACAACAACAGUUCUUUAUUCAGUAUACUGGGUCAGAUACCAAAAGGACUGUCUGACAACAACAGUUCUUUAUUCAGUAUACUGGGUCAGAUACCAAAGGGACUGUCUGACAACAACAGUUCUUUAUUCAGUAUACUGGGUCAGAUACCAAAGGGACUGUCUGACAACAACAGUUCUUUAUUCAGUAUACUGGGUCAGAUACCAAAGGGACUGCUCUACAACUCCCUCUCAUUCCCAUUUCAUAUCGUCUCUCUCUGCCUCUGUUAGUUCCUCCAGGCACCCACUCUCACCUGAUACGUUCCCCUAAAAAGCCUCACUUAGUGUGCAUUCAUGAGAGCUACACACAGGGUAUCCGAACACUGAAUCCUCCAGGACCCAACUCUCCUCCGUUUUAGUGACCAGCUGUUCAUCCUCAAUGUCUGUAAACCCUUUAUGUACAAACCUCCUCUGUAUAUUCUCUGUCUCUCUGUGAAGUACACCGUAUGGGUGGCUCUUGUGUUCUCUGUGGCUCUUGUGUUCUCUAUGGCUGCGUCCCAAAUGGCAACCUAUUCCCUAUACAAUGCACUCAUUUUGACCACGGUCCAAAGGGUUUUGGUCAAAAGUAGUGCUCUAUAUAGGGAAUAGAAAUCAUUGGGAUGCAUACUAUGGAAGGCAUGGCCCCUGUUUUGUCUACAAGCCAAGAGAACAUGAAUCCUUUGUAAUGUUUUUAAUGUGUAGACGUUUAAAAUAAUAAACUAUGAAGCCAUAAUCUUACCUAACCCAUUUAAUUCACAAUAAAUCAUUGUCAAUUGUACGAAACCAGCCAUGAUAGGUCAAUUAAGUUAUGUUAGUUUCUCGCAGGUUUUUCACAUUGACGAGACAUUGCUAUCGAUGAAAGGGCUUCUAACUGAAUGAUUGAGUUUGAAUUUUGUAUGACCUCUGUGUGUGUGUGUGUGUGUGUCAUUCAAUAUUGUGCAGUUACUGCAGUAUACUUUCCCCAUGGCCCAGUGAUCCUGUUCACCUCUUCAGUGCCCCCUCUCUAUCUCUCCAUUCAUUUCCACUGAUCACUCUAUCAUUGUUAGAGCAGGGAAGGGUUAGGCCUUUCUGUCUCUAUGCAGUCUCUUCUUUCUCCCCUUCUCUCUUUUUCUCUCCCUUUACUUUUUUCUCUAUCCAGAGAGGUUUGUGGUUCUCCUGCCCUGCUCUGAGGAAGCCUCCUGUAGAAAAACAACUCCACUGGAGGAAAGGCCCCUUUUUAGAAACUCUUUUUUUCAAUACCUGUUGUAACUUGUCAAUGUUAAUUUGUUUGUAUGACUACCCCUCUCCCUCCUCCCCUUUCUUAUUUAGUUCAAUUGUUAUCAUUGUUGUUCUUAUUAUUGUCGAUUUGCAUGUCCUUUAAACUGCCAGCAUGAUAUGCAAUAGAUGGGUAGACAUUCUAUUUUGUAAGCAAACUUUGGGUUUGUGAGAAAAUAAAAUGCAAAUAAAAAACA